UAUAUUUUACUGCUGGCAGCACUCCUUCGUUGCCAUGGUGAUAAGUGUAUACAACACAAAACACAACAUUAGUUAUCAUUGUUUGAAUCAAUGUUAAUGUUAUACAAGAAUAAUUCAAUCCUGAAAAGCUGUUCUUAAUUAUACGGUUUUAUUAAAAUUACAUUUGUUUUCUUACGUAAAUAAAAAGUUUGUAGGUUAUUGGCAAAUAAAUCAUAAAUUUAAAGAAUGUGCGAUGGAAGAAGAGUUAAAUGCAGAGAUAAUAAAAACGACGCAGUUAUCGUUGGGAAAAUUUGUGAAACGACCGCCACUUACCGAGAAGUUAUUAAGAAAACCGCCGUUUAGAUUUUUACACGAUGUCAUCAUAACGGUUCUGAAAACUACUGGGUUCUUUGAAGGUCUCUUUGAACAAGAUGAAUUAAUAUCUGACAAUGUGAAAGACAGAGAAAGAAAAAUACAAUUCUUAAAUAAGGUCAUAACAGUACUAGGUUUUGCAACAGGAAAAACUUUAACAGUUAAGCCUUCUAAAAUAGUUGCUGGCCAAGAACCAGCAAAAACAAAUGAGUUACUGCAAUGUCUGGGAGAAGCUUUAGAAAAACAACUUACUUCAGUAGAAGCUGUUCAAAAAUAUAAAGAAAAUUUAAAAACUCAGGACACAAAUGAGAAAAGUAAUAAAACCUCUACUAAAGUUGUAAAAAAAAAUCAAGAUGUUAAAAAAGCUCCAUCAAUAAAAAGUAAUAAAAGUGAUAGCCCUGACAAAGAUCAAAAAGCUGUUUCCAAAUCUCGAUUAAAAGAAUCUGCAGUUAAAGAAUCACCACCAAAAAAACAAGCUACAGCAAAUAUCAAGAAAAGUACAGUUAAAAAUGUACAAGAUCUUAAAACAAACAACAAAAAAAUCAAACAAGAAAAAUCCCCCGAUUUAAAGCAAGUCGAUGAACCAGCUAAAAUUAUUAAAAAUGGUGGUAGUGAUGUUUCAGAAGUUAAUGAAAAAAAAGAUUCUAUAGAUACUAACACAAAUGAUGAUAAAGGACCACAAACACAACACUUUGAUACAGAAAAAGAAAAAAUAAGUAUUGACAUUACAAAUGAGAUAACUGAAAAAUCUGAAACAGAACUAAAAUCUGUAAAAACUGAUAGUCAUCAAGAUGACAAAGAUGGUUUGGAAAACUCUAUACAACUUGGAAAGACAAUUACGGACGAAUCCACCAUUAAAGUUAUUGACAAUACUAAAGAUUUAGCAAUUAGUAACUCAAGUGAUACAAGCAAGAAUUCUUUUGAAUCAAAUUUAGUUAACAAUGCAGAAAAAAGGCCUCAAAGUGUAAGGCCUUCGUCAUCUAGACCAGGAGCACCAAGAGUGAAAGAAAAACAUGAUGCUACAUUGAUAGGAACGGAAAAUCCUAUUGCUCACAAACCAAAUAUCAUAAUCGAAAAUACAGUGCCAGAAGAGGAAGAAGAUGGAAGUAUAAUUAUUGUGGAAAAUCAAACUUCGUCAACAUUACAUAAUGAAGAAGAAUUACAAUUAACUUCGAAACAACAUGGUCAUUUAGUACAACAAAUAUUGGAUUCUCAAAAGGAGUUUUCCCAAAUAUCAGGAAAGACAGAAAUUGAAUGGCAUUUUGGUGCACAAAAAGCAAGAGAUGUAGUAAAUCAAGAAAUUGAACAGAUGAGGUUCAAUGUGCAAGCUCUCUCUCGUAUAAGUAACCCAUUGGGAAAGUUAAUUGACCACAUACAAGAGGAUGUUGAAGUAAUGAGACAGGAGCUUCAGGAGUGGACAAAGAAAUAUGAAGAGGCAUCAAUAGAAUUAUCUAAACAAAAAAUCAUAAAUGUGGAAUCUCUCCAACCUCUUCAAGCAAAAAUAAAACAACUGGAUGCUGACAUAGAAGAGAAGGGAGACAAAAUUAAUGAUCUCAGAAUAGUAGUAUUUAAGAAUUAUUAUAGAAUUGAAACCCUCCUUUCAGCAAAUGGAAAUGUGCAAUAAAUUAAUAAUUAAAUGUUAUUUCAUUAUUAUUUUAUUGAAAUACAAGCAAUCUUUAAAAAGUU